AUGAGUUCUUGUAAUAUAUCUGCAUCAUAUCCUAUUUAUUAUGAAUCAAUUUCUCGAUAUGGAAAUAAAGUCGCAUUAGUCGAUCAAUCAUCUUCGUAUACUUAUGAACAACUUUAUUCAAUUGCACGUCAAUUUUCACAUCGUCUUAGUUCAAUUAUUCAACAAGAGAAAUCUACUGAUAAUGCGAUUGAUACAAAUAGUAUACAAAUUGGUAUCUUAUGUUCAAACGAUGCAUCAUUUGUUAUUGCUUUAUGGGCAUCAUGGAUGAUUGGAGCAACUGUAAUUCCUCUAUCAUUACAACAUCCACCAACAUUAAUUGAUUAUUUUCUUAAUGAUGCACAAUGUCGAGCAGUUAUUGUUGGGGAUAAUCAUAGUUAUGAUUUGAUUAAAACAACUUUAGAAAAUAAUUCACAAAUUACUAUACCUAUUAUAAAUAUAAAUAAAAAUGAUUUAUCAUCAACAAUUACACAUAAUGAUAAUUUAUUAUCACCAACAAUUAAUCAAAAAAAUGCUUUAAUCCUUUAUACAAGUGGAACAAGUGGUAAACCAAAAGGAUGUGUUAUAACAUAUAAUGCUGUUCAAGCACAUGUUGAUUCAAUGAUUAAAGCUUGGGGUUGGACAACAGAUGAUGUAAUAUUACAUAUAUUACCACUUCAUCAUAUUCAUGGUCUUAUGAAUGGUUUAUUAACUCCACAUUUUAUUGGUGCUAAAGUAAUCAUGCUUCCUCGUUUUGAUGCAUCGAAGGUAUGGGAAUAUUUAAUAAAUUCUGCUCAUAAACAACAAAUCACAGUUUUUACAGGUGUACCAACAGUUUAUGCAAAACUUAUUCAUGAAUACGAUGUUAAAUAUGCAUCAUGUUCUCAAACAAGAGAUAUUAUUCGUGAACAAUGUUCACAAAAGAUUCGUUUAAUGAUGUGUGGUUCUGCUGCAUUACCCGAAAGUAUUUAUCGACGAUGGUAUGAUAUAACUGGUUAUAAUCUUCUUGAACGUUAUGGAAUGACAGAAUGUGGAAUGGCUUUAUCAAAUCCAUUAUAUGGAGAAAGAAUUCCAGGUACUGUUGGUAAACCAAUGCCUACUGUUCUUAUUCGAAUUGCACGAGAAAAUUCCGACUCACCAAUGGGUUAUGAAACAUUAGUAGAAGCUGAUAGUGAUUAUACAAAAUUAGAAGUAAAGAAUACAACAGAUGAACCAAUCGAAGGUGAACUUCUAAUUCAAAGUCCAACACUAUUUAAAGAAUACUGGCAAAAACCUAAUGAAACACAUGCUACAUUUACUAUUGAUGGUAAAUUUUUCAAAACUGGUGAUAUAUGUCGUUAUGAUCCACAAAAAAAUGUUUUCUCAAUUCGCGGUAGACAAUCGAUGGACAUAAUUAAACGAGCUGGAUAUAAAAUAUCAGCAUUAGAUAUCGAACGUGUUUUGUUAGAACACAACGAUAUUUUAGAAUGUUCAGUUGUUGGUAUUGAUGAUCUAACGUUAGGUCAAAAAAUAGUUGCUAUUAUUCUACCAAAAUCACCGACAAAUAUAACAAAUUUGACAAUAGACGCCAUACGUCCAUUUUGUAAACAACAAUUACCAAAAUAUUCGUUACCAGAUUCAGUAACAAUUAUUGAUCAUAUACCUCGAAAUGCUAUGGGAAAGGUUAACAAAAAGGAACUUGUUAAUUUAAUAGUCUAA